AUGAAACAUCUCAUGAGAAAGAGGUAUGUUCCACCACAUUUCCAUCGGGAUUUACAUAGACGAUAUCGUAAGUUGGCCCAGGGGAACAGAUCGAUUGAAGACUUCUUUGAGGAGUUUGAGCAUCUUCGGAAUCGAUUGGAGAUAGAAGAGGAUGAUGAGACUGUUAUGGCUCAAUUCCUAGACGGACUACAAGAACGCAUUGCAAGAAAGGUAGAAAGACAAGUUUACCAUGAUAUUCAUGAUCUUUUACAUCUUGCUGUACAAAUAGAGCAGCAGAUACACAAGAAACAAGCUAGGACAAACCGGUCCAGAAUGUCUAGCAAUGUGUAUCCGAGAACCGAGAGCAAAGGACACAACAUGCCCACCUCAAAACCUGUUCAAGAGGAUCCAAAGAACAAAGGAAAGGGCAUUGCAACAUCCAAAGGUGAAACUUCUGUAAGUAACAAAUCUAACAUCCCGAGCCACGAGAUUAUUUGUUACAAGUGCAGGGGUCGAGGACAUUAUGCUCGUGAUUGUCCAAACAAGCGUGUAAUGGUCAUUACCGAGGCUGGAGAUUAUGAUUCUUUGGAUGAGGAAGAGGCUGAAAAUCUGGAAGAAGAAGUUGAGUAUCCGGACAGCGGGGAGCUACUUGUCACACGGCGAGUCUUGAGCACCAUGACUACCCCAGAAGAAACCGCACAACGUGAAACCAUUUUCCACAGCCAAUGUACCGUGAAGAAAAGUGUUUACAUGGUGAAGAAGCUAGGGCUCGAAACGGAAAAGCAUCCCCACCCUUAUAAGCUACAGUGGCUGAACAACCAAGGAGAGCUUAAGGUGAAUGAACGGGUGAAAAUCUCGUUUAGCAUUGGGAGAUACCAAGAUGAGGUAAUGUGCGAUGUGGUUCCUAUGCAAGCUGGUUAUAUUCUCCUUGGAAGACCAUGGCAAUUCGACCGAGAGGUUAAGCACGAUGGUAGGACAAAUCACUACUCUUUCAUGUUUAACAAGCGUAAGAUCUCAUUAGCACCUCUUAGCCCUUUACAAAUACAUGAAAUGCAAUUGAGGUUGUCUAAGGAAGUUGAGGAUAGCAAGAAACCGAAUUUCUAUGUCAAACCGAGCAUGGUAAGUAAAGCUUUGGUUGAUGAACGAGCUGUACUACUCAUGGUCUUUAAAGAUGUUUUGAGUACAGGAUUCGAAGAGAAAGAGCUUCCUUCCGAGAUCACACGGAUUCUAGAGCGGUUUAAGGAUGUAUUUCCGGAAGAAACUCCACCGGGGCUACCACCAACGAGAGGAAUCGAGCAUCAAAUCGAUUUGAUCCCGGGAACACCUCUUCCAAACAGACCCGCGUAUCGAAUGAACCCCGAAGAGACCAAAGAGCUACAAAAACAGGUACAAGAGUUAUUGGAAAAGGGUUAUAUUCGUGAGCCGAAAGGAGACGUUCUCACUAUGAUCCAAUAA